AAAAGAGAAACAAAUAAAGAGUAUUUCUUUCAAACGUACUCUGAUCUUUUGUAUUCUUUGUCUUUCUUCUUUUUUCUUUUGCUCAUAGUGUCGACAUGGUUUGUGAAGAAGAAACUCUAAUCCAAAAGGUUUGUGAAUUAUAUGAUGAAAUCUCAAGCCUUGAAAGCCUCAAACCUUGUAACAAUGUCGACACCCUUUUCACUAAGUUGGUGGUCACGUGCAUGUCACCCACCUCCCCUCAUUUCCAUAUCAAUUCACUCUCAAAACCACUUCAACAAAUGAGAUCAAAUCUCAUUCGUCUCUGUGGUCAAGCUGAGUCUCUUUUGGAGUUUCAUUUUUCUGAUUUAUUGGCCAAAUUUGAUUCCCCUAUCGAUCAUCUUCAUGUCUUCCCUUACUUCUCUAAUUACAUUAAACUUAGCCUCCUUGAAUUCUCUAUUCUCCACCGCCAUGGCCCCCGUGCGCUUCCUUCCGCCGUUGCGUUCGUUGGCUCUGGCCCUCUUCCUCUUACCUCCGUCGUCCUUGCCACUCGCCACCUCACCUCCACCGUCUUCCACAACUACGACCUCGACCCGGUUGCUAAUUCCAAGGCGUCAAAUUUGGUGUCGCGUGACCCGGACCUGAAGACGAGGAUGGUGUUUCAUACGUGCGACAUCAUGAAAGUGACAGAGGAGCUAAAACAGUACGAAGUUGUGUUUUUGGCAGCUCUUGUUGGAAUGGAGAAGGAGGAAAAACUAAAGGUGAUCAAGCAUUUGUCAGAGUACAUGUCAGAAGGAGCUUAUUUGAUGGUAAGAAGUGCUCAUGGAGGAAGAGCUUUUUUAUAUCCUGUGGUUGAAGAUUCUGAUUUGUUAGGGUUUGAGGUUCUAUCUGUGUUUCAUCCCACUGAUGAAGUUAUCAACUCAGUAAUAAUUGCAAGAAAAACAAUGAAAUUCGAUAACGACAACGACAGUGACGACAACAACAACAACGACAACGGUUGUUGUUUGUUUGUUAAUUCAGAUGAAAAUGAGAAUGUGAAGAUUAGUAGUGGUGUUGUUCAUAAUAACAAAUGUUCUGAGAUUCAAAACGGCUUCAAUAAUCAUGGAGGUAAGAUUGAGGAAUUUGCAAUGGAAGCAGCUGAAUAAUAAUAAUAAAUAAUAAUAAUAACAAAAGUGGGGGUUUCUGAUUCUGAUUCUCAAAAUUAUUAAGUGUUCCUCUUUUUUUUUUCAACAUGGGAAAAUAAUUUUGAUUUUUCAUAUUUGAGGAACACAUUCAUGGGGAUUAUAUAAGGAGCUAGCUUAUAUAUAGCAAAGGUUUUAUAUAUGUUUUGAUUAAUGUUGUUGUAUUCUAGAGUCUAAUUGGGUUAUUAUUCUCUAGCAAAUGGAGAACUUUUAAUUCUCAGUUAUAUGUUUAAUUUGUAAUAAUUUUUCUGUUCUCACUUUUGGAUGAGAUUCUAAACUAUACAAUUAGAUGGUUUUUGUUAUCUUGUCA